AUGUCGGUUUCCUCUUCUCAAGCUGGGGACAACCGUCCUCAGGUUUUCAUAAACUACCGCAAAGAGGAGCUGCGUAAGACCUUCAUCAAAAGUCUCUUGCCUGAGUUGAAAAGGGGGAGGAUUAAAUUCUUCAUAGACGACAACGAGGAGAAAGAAUCAAGGUGGUGUUUGGACGAGCUUCAUAAGAUGAAGAAGCUCGCAGAGGGAAACAAACUCGUGGUGAUCCCCGUCUUUGUGAACGUGACCACGACUGACGUGAAACACUUCAAUGGUGAGUUUGGCAAAAACUUCAGGGAGAUGUGCAAGAAAUAUGUGGGCCAAGUUAAGAAUACAAAUGAAGGAAAUCCUGAAGAGGAACAUGCUCUCAGAAUUAAGAAGGUUCGGAAAUGGAGAGAAGCUGUGGAAUACAUUGCAGACAUAAUCGGCGAGGUUUGGGACAAUUUGGGAGGGUUCAAUUUCAAACGCCCAUGUACCGACUCAGACGCAAUUCUUGUGCAGAGAACUGCCUGGACGGUUAAGAAAGUGGUCGUGAAAUUAGAUCCCAAGUCUGCGGAACCAAGAGAUUUAGGGAUAGGAGGAAUGGUUUUCGUGUCUGGUUUGAUGGCUUUCUUUUGUGGACAAUUCAUACCAGUAUGA